UCGUGGGGUAAUAGCUUGGACAAGACACCUUCAUGGAAGCAAUAGGGGCAGUAGGGGACACUCGGCAUGUGGCUGUGUAUCAUAGUCACGAGCAGUGGUUCAAAUAGGCGACAUUCUGGCCCCGAUUUCGGAAUAUACGAAACAAACAUAAAGGCCACUAUUUCCAGACAGAUGUAACAAGUACACCGUCUGAACCUUUUAAAAACUAGCAUUCCAUUCCUGUCUGAUCACAACUGAUCCUAUGACCAUGUCAGACUCCGAGGACGACUACCCGGUUUAUCGAGUCCCACCAUUGGAUCCAAGCAUCUACAGUCCAAUCUACCCGGACAAUGCAGACCCUAAGCUGGUGGAGAUCGCACGCUCAGUAGAAGAUCUCUUCAGAUUAUGGAUAGGCAUGCGGUGGCUGCCCGAGGACCAGGUCCACUUUGCUCCUCACACUUCCAAACCGAUCAACAUCAAAGAAGCAGCACGAUUGGGCAUCUCCAAGCAGGUAGUCGACCUCUAUCAGCUUCUACCAUACGUACAAGAGGACGUCAAAACCAGAUUUGGCCACUGGGAUGGAGGAGCAUACUAUCUGUUCGGAGGCGUAUUUCUCGAUCUGCGAGGUGGUGAUGUUAAUUGGCUAGACAGCUGUGUGCUUCCCGCUUCUGAUUUACCUUUUAUCACUUGUUACUUGGGUGAAGGGGAGCGACCAGGCUGGGACGAUGGCAAUGGUGGUUAUAUCAAACCACACUAUGCUGUCUUGAGUAAAUGCGGCAACCACAAUACCAUCAUUGUUGUCGACACAAAAACCUACCAGCUUUGGGCAGUUGAUCAAGAUGGUGAGGUACAAGAUCCUGCAUUUCGAUGCAAAUGGGAUGACUUUCGAGGUUCAGCAUGGUGGGAUCUGAGUCAAUACCCCAAUCGGCCUGCUGUCAAAUUCUUCCAGGACAUGAAGAGCAGACAUGAGACUCUGAGGUACAUUCCAGGCGGAAUAGAUAACCCCAAUGACUGGGAGUUCUAUGAGUAUAACAGCUUGUACAGAAGAUGCGGGUGGCCGUACGCUUUCGACGUCUCUAAAUUCGAGGAUGAAAACGCCACUAUAUCGCAUUGCAUGGGACAAUGCGAAGAUUUGGACGAAGACUGGGAGAAGAAAGAGCCGUUCAGAAAUGUGAUUCGGCUUGAGAAAGAGCUCGAAAGGAUCAAUCGACUAAACGGAGAUAUCGAGUUGGCACAACAAGCUUUCAAGAGUCUCGAUAUUGAAGCGGCACCAGGGUCGGACAACAAUCUCGCAGGAAAACUGAUCGCUCUCAAACGGCAAAAGACACCCGUUUGGUUCAAGUCUUUCCAAGAGACCGCACGUCAGCAUGCCGCAGAAGCCAAAGCCAAACUUGAAGCCGCACCACUGAACGAAGGCGAACAAGAGGAAAAAGCCGAGGACGAAUUCGAGGACGAUGAAGACGAUUCCGAUUACUAUUCGGAUGAAGAGUCUCCAGUUUAUACAGAUGAUGUGUCUGACUUCCAGAGACAGUACGAUGCUAUUCUUGAUGCUUUGAAGGACGACAGCUACGAAGCUCGGGUGGUUCGACUUCUCGAGGCAGCUCGAUCGGAAAUCGCAAAGCGUCAGGAAUCGGAGGAGGAAACAUAAGGGAGAAGACAUGAGUGUCAACAGUGA